GUCACGAGUCCGGCCCGCUGGUGCUAAGCGAGGGGCCGGGGGGCGCGGAUCCUGAGAGCCAGGCGGGGAAAGCUCGGCCAAAAGAACUGAUCCGAGGAACCGCGAGCGGCAGGAGCCGGCCUGGAGCCGGACACUUCAGGCCCCUGACCGCUCUCACAGCCGAUCGGUGAACGUAGAGUGGUCCCUAGGCACCCCCUGCCCGGGCCCAGUCCCUCCCCGGGCCCCCCAUGGCCCGGGCCGCAGUCCUCCCGCCGUCCAGAUUGUCACCGACGCUAUCGUUGUUGCUGCUGCUUCUGCUCCUGCUCCAGGAAACAGGAGCCCAAGAUGUGCGGGUACGAGUGCUCCCAGAGGUCCGCGGCCGCCUGGGAGGCACUGUGGAGUUACCGUGUCACCUGCUCCCACCCACGACCGAGCGCGUCUCUCAGGUGACCUGGCAGCGCCUGGAUGCCACAGUCGUGGCCGCCUUCCACCCAUCCUUCGGCGUGGACUUCCCCAACCCUCAGUUCAACAAGGAGCGCCUGUCCUUUGUCAGAGCAAACGAGGACACAAACGCGGACCUGCGGGAAGCCACGCUAGCCUUCCGGGGACUGAGGGUGGAGGACGAGGGCAAUUAUACCUGCGAGUUUGCCACCUUUCCCAAUGGCACCCGCAGGGGGGUGACUUGGCUCAGAGUCAUAGCCCAGCCUGAGAAUCAUGCUGAAGCCCAGGAGGUCACGAUUGGCUCCGAGUCCGUGCCUGUUGCCCGCUGUAUCUCCACAGGGGGCCGCCCACCUGCCCGGAUCACCUGGAUCUCAUCUCUGGGUGGAGAGGCCAAAGACAUUCAGGAGCCCGGUCCACAGGCUGGCACCGUCACAGUCACCAGCCGAUACUCCUUGGUGCCGGUGGGCCAAGCACAUGGCGUCAAGGUCACUUGCAGAGUAGAACACGAGAGCUUCGAGGAGCCGAUCCAGCUGCCAGUGACGCUCUCCGUGCGCUACCCUCCCGAAGUGUCCAUCUCUGGCUAUGAUGACAACUGGUACCUCGGCCGCAGCGAAGCCAUCUUGACCUGUGAUGUACGCAGCAACCCAGAGCCCACAGGCUACGACUGGAGCACGACCUCAGGCGUCUUCCCGACCUCCGCAGUUGUCCAGGGGUCUCAGCUCCUUGUCCACUCUGUGGAUCGAAUGGUCAACACUACCUUCAUCUGUACAGCCACCAAUGCUGUGGGGACAGGUCGUGCUGAGCAGGUCGUCCUGGUGCGAGAGUCACCCAGCACAGCAGGCGCAGGGGCCACAGGCGGCAUCAUCGGAGGCAUCAUCGCCGCCAUCAUUGCCACUGCAGUGGCUGCCACAGGCAUCCUCAUUUGCCGACAACAGCAGAAGGAGCAGAGGCUUCAGGGGGCUGAUGAGGAAGAAGAACUGGAAGAACCUCCCUCCUAUAAACCACCAACCCCCAAGGCCAAGCUGGAAGAACCAGAAAUGCCCUCCCAACUCUUCACUCUGGGGGCCUCAGAGCACAGCUCAGUGAAGACGCCCUACUUCGAUGCUGGUGUCUCUUGUGCUGAUCAGGAUACGCCUCGGUAUCACGAGCUGCCCACCCUGGAAGAGCGGUCAGGGCCCCUGCUUUUGGGAGCCACAGGCCUGGGACCUUCUCUUCUGGUACCUCCAGUACCCUCUACUGUGGAGGGGGUUUCCCUGGAUCUUGAAGACGAGGAGGAAGAUGAGGAGGAAGAAGACUUCCUGGAUAAAAUUAAUCCUAUUUAUGAUGCCCUGUCCUACCCCAGCCCCUCUGAUUCCUACCAAGGCAAAGACUUUUUUGUGUCACGGGCCAUGUAUGUGUGAGGCACAGGGCCUCUGAUCUCUCACCUUUCACCCUUGACCCCCCUCCCCCCCAGCUUCCCACCAGUGAUCUAGGACACUCUGACUUCCAGACAAGCCAGGGUCAGCUAUCAUCCCUGCAAUCCACCUGUGACUUCUUAGUAGCUCCACUGUGACCUCCAGCUUAUGAUUCUGACCCAGACAGACCUGUGUGGCUGGAAACCCGGGAAUUUUAUCUCCCGUGGCAGGGAGCUCAGAGAGUCCUUCUGCACCACCUCUGACCCCCUCAAGGAAUCCUAAGACUGUGACCGUCUGACCUUGCCACUCACUGCCCACCUAGAUCUCACCUACCCCUAAAGAAGACUUGGGACCUUGGACUUGCCCUCAGGCAAUAGAGUCCCCACAGGUCUGCAAGAAGGGGAUCAGGGGCCCCCUGCUGCUCAGACCUGAGCCCUCCAGGCAGCAGAAGCUCACCUGAGCCCUCCCCACCCUCCUUCCCAAAGGUGAAAAGGAGAAGACUCCCCUGUGUAAGCUAGGACCUCCCCAUCUCCACCCACUCCUGCAGGCAGGAAUCUCAGGGUUCAUACCCUCUUCUCAUCACCCGGUACCCCAGUUCCUGUCUCCAGAGCUGGAGGAGAGAGCCUAAUGCAAGUGUGCCUUGCCACCCCAGGUUUGAGAGAUUUGCUCUCAUCUUGAAGACUACUGAAUCCUUUUGUCCUCUAUCUAAUGGAAGGGGAUUACACAUCCCUCUUUAGGGGGUUGGCAUGUGUAUGAGAUGGGGCAUCUGGGCAUCUGGGCUGGGAGUUUGGGCAAUAUUAUUUUGUAAGCAUUUCCUACAAAAUAUGAAUUUAUACUUUGAUAAAG